AUGACUACUAUUAAGGAGCUUUCCGAGUCUCCUUUUGACAAAUCGAAAGUGACAUUAUCACUUGUGUAUUUUUCUGAGCGAAACACAUUUGUACAGGUGACUUCAGUUGGAGUAAACUUUGUGAAGGGUGGUAAAGGAGUAUAUAUUAUCUGUAAAAAUGAAUUUGGCAUUCAGCAUGCAAGUGCGGAUGCCAAUUUGAGAUUACUUGUGUUCUCAAGCUCAAGAUUUGUAUCCGUUGUGGAUCUCAAUACCCACCAUACAAGGGCGUCACUUGAGCUGGAUAACGAAGUUUCAUGUUUGGUAAUUUCAUCUUCGCGGGGUUUUGUAAUUGGAGAAUGGAACUCCGGUGCCGUUUGUUUGUAUGAGGUUCAGGAUGGAGAGAUUUUAUUGAAGGGUCGCAUUUUUUGUUCGUCAACCUCGUGUUCCAUGUGUAUUUUGUCACACCUUCAUACACCACGACUUGUUGUUGGAUUACUGAAUGGGUAUAUCGCGGAUAUUUCUUUGGAAGCAAUGUUGAUGGGAAGUGCUGCUCGGGAAACACUUAUUAGGAUGCAGCCUGUGCAAUUAUUUAAUUUGGAAAGCCAUAAUGCAGUUCUUUGCCUUGGAGAAGUACCUCCCAUCAUCAUUCUUUGCGAUACGGGCUUUCAACUUACUGGAAUUGAUUUCAAUGAUGUUGCGGCGUGCGCUAUAAUUGAAGGUUCCCACAUUUCAUCUAAAUAUAUAUUUCUUUCUCAGAGUGAAAAUUCUCUUGCGUUUGGAAAUAUUGUGGAUCUUAAGAAGUUAAACUCAUGUUUUCUGGGCCUGAAAGCCACUGUGACUCGAGUGAAAUACAUCGCGUGGUGGAACGUCUUUGUGAUGUCUGUUCGCCGAAAUGAAAAGGAUCAGAUCCUUUUAUUGAUGGGGCAUGAGUUGGCGAAUUCAUGGGUUCCACAAAAUGAACUCUUCUCAAUUGAACUCUUCUCAAUUGAACUCUUGGAAAACGAACGAUGUGUUUUUUUGGGACUGUUGUUCUUGGAGGGUCUAACGAAUCCCCCAACGGUAAUGAGGCGGAUAAAGACAAGGCGAUACUUUUGGGUACCACCUUUGCGUUUCCGGAUGAACAGUUGCCACGGUCAAGUCGAUUCAUAUGUAUU